UUGCUGGCUGCCGAACGUUAAUGCCGUCGGAUGUGAAGCGAAACUCUAGAAGGAAGCAACAUCCUCCAGCCUGACCCGGGUUUGUUGUACCACAUCCACAUUUAGUUUGCUGGUGGGUUCUCGUGGAGAUAGAGAACGAGUCUGUGUGUGUGUUUCCUGGCGCUGGCUGCUGCUGAGAGCGCUGAUUUUACUCCACCGCGCGUCGAAUGAAAAUAAACCGCAGUCAGAUAAAAUCCGAAAGAUAAUUAGUAUUUAGUUCGGGAAGUGUGCUUGAACCGGCCAAAUGUACUACGCGAUAUAGCUCGGUAACGAUUAUGCCUCUGCAGAGUGUUUGUGGUGUGUUGUGGCAGAACGCCGCGUGAAAGUUUUUCCGCCCCAAAAGUUCGUCCGUCGAUUCGAGGUCAAGUGAAACAAACUGCACACCACCGAGGUGGUCCUUUCGCUCGCGCAAAUGGUGGUCUACAAGUGGUAAUCUGAGCACAGCCGGAGCCGGGGAAACUCCUCCGGCUUGGUUUACACGCACGGUUGUCCCCCCUGGCCUCCGAAGAAGGUUCAGAAAUUAAUGUCUUCCUUUUCACCGAAAAUGACUUCCAAAGUGAAUAAUUAUUCAUUGACACAGAGCGAUUGGUGGUGGGCUGCAAUCAUAAUUAAAGCCUGCAACGGCAAAAGUAUGGUUUUUCCUUGCACUCAGCAGCUUCAAUCAAUGCUGUACCCAAAAGUGCACCAUCACUGCUGCCAUCAAAAGUAGUUCGUGUGAUAACCGCCUCAGGGUUCGAGUUUCGAGGGAAAAGGUUCCACACGCUAGUCUGGAAAUUCAGCACCCUUCGUAAUUGAUUACUUAUGCAAGUGACGCUUUUAAACUCAGUAAGAAACUAAACAACAACAACAACAACAAAAACUCCAAGUGGAUCACGACUUAAUUAAAAUUCAAUGAAAUCAAUAAAAAGGAAAAGUGCGGUGCCAAUUUCAGAUGUUCAAGUGAAUUCAUUGUGGCUGGUCACGUGAAAGUAACUAGCAGAAAACAGUGCUGCUGGGCGGUUGCUUGCCGGUGGCUCAAUCGAGCCUUGGAACUGGGAUGCCGCGAAGCGACGUGUGCUAGUGAGCGGGGAAGUCAACAUAAUCGCUUUUUAUAGGCUGUGAUAUUGGCUCUGCUCCGGGAACUGCAAGUAUAGGUGGUGUGUGUGUCUCUAUACGCGGUAAAGGUAGCACGCAACCUGGGUCGCCACCGUCGUCUGUGACAUACAACAAGCAGCAGCAGCAGCAGUAACGAAUUCGUAACCAUCGUCAUAGCCAUCGGAACUCGGCAGCACUACAGUGUAGCAACAUGCGUUUUGUGCUGAUUGCAAUUUAUUUGAUAUUAAUUAUGCCCAUCACCGGAUCAUGGUGGGCUGAAGGCAGUAACAUUCUACUGGAUCCGGCGCAGGUAUGCGAAAAUAGGAACAAGAAAACCAAACGCCUCACCGGGAAGCUGGCCGAUAUCUGCAAGAAUGACACUUCCCUGAUGCGCGAAAUCAAGCGCGGCAUCAAUCUGGGUUUUCGGGAGUGCGAAAACCAAUUUCGCAACAACAUGUGGAACUGCUCGUGGACAAUCAAGCGCAGCAUGCGGAGGAUACUAACGAGGGAUACCCGCGAGACAGCGUUCGUGCACGCAAUCACAGCUGCCGGAAUCACUUACGCCGUUACGAAGGCUUGUACGAUGGGCGAUCUGGUGGAGUGCUCCUGCCAGAACCACGUAAAGAAAAACGUCCAAAACUACGCCACCGCAGUCAGCACCGAUGGCGCCUUGGGUUCGCCCGUUCCGAGUGGGCUGGACGGUCCUGGAUCGGUUGCCGCUUACGGAGUAGCAAAUAGAAAUGGCGGCCGAAAGCCGAAAAACGGCCGGAAGAUCAAUACACGCAACACCAUGCUGAUCACGUCAUAUCGUAAUGCAAAUAGCAAUUUCAACAAUUACAAUAGCCUUUCGACAGCGCAGGCCGUCGCCAAGAAGGACAUGAUUAAGCCAGUUCAGAAGCAGAUUGGUUCCAGCCAGGACGGUAGCUGGGAGUGGGGUGGCUGUGACGAUAAUGUCAAUUUUGGUUUUAGAAAAUCGAAAGAUUUCCUGGAUGCCCGGUUACGCAAGAAAAGUGAUAUUCGAACGUUGGUCAAACUGCAUAACAAUAACGCAGGCAGAUUGGCCGUCAAGCAGUUUAUGCGGAUGGAGUGCAAGUGCCACGGUCUGUCCGGAUCCUGCACCAUGCGAACCUGCUGGAUGAAGAUGCCACCCUUCACGGAGGUGGGAGUUCGCCUGAAGGAGCAUUUUGACGGUGCCACAAAAGUGAUUGCACGAAACGACGGCCACAGCUUCAUGCCGGAUGAUCCGUCGAUCAAAUUACCCACCAAGCGGGAUCUGGUGUACACCGAAGAUUCGGACGAUUUCUGUGAACCGAAUGCAAAGACGGGCUCACUAGGGACGCACGGUCGGGAGUGCAACAUUACAUCCAACGGAGUGGACGGUUGUAAUUUAAUGUGCUGCGAGCGAGGACAGUCCAGCAAGCAGGUUGAGGUUAAGCGGAACUGCAAGUGCAGCUUCAAAUGGUGCUGCGAGGUCACCUGCAGCACCUGCAUCGAUGUGAAGGAGGUCUACACCUGUAAAUAGAUGGCGGAUGGAGCAAAGAUAACCAGGAGAAGCGUGAUAGUAACCGCUGUGUUUGCGUAUCGUUUAAAAGAAGCAACUCUCCACAUGAAUCCGGGAAGACUGAUCGAAGAAGUGACUUUGUUGAGACAUGAGUGUAUAGAAUGAAAUGAUAAGUAACUGAAAUCAAAUUGAUUUGAACUUGGAAUUGUUGUGUAGCACCACUUGUAAACUUACCAGAUCUUCGAAUAAGCUUUAAUCAAUUUCUAGGUACAUUAGAAGCUUUCAAAAAAGCAGCACUAAUAACUAGAAUAUGUUUGCAAUAUUUAUUGUUAAGUGUGGUUAAAUUUGA